AUCAGGAAAGGUGUUUUACAGGACCUGACUAUCUCCGCAAACAAGGAAGGCAAAUCUUGUUGAAACAAAGCCCUGACUCUGAGCUGUCUGGCAGAUCUCUGGCUCAGCGGAGGAGAGCAGUGUGCUGCUUUCUCUGGUUCGUGGCACACAAGCCAAAGUCAUGCAUGGAGCUCUUGCUGAAGAGCGCAUCCUCUGUCAGAGGUGAUGUAGCUGCCACAGAAGCCCUGGAGCAUUUUACAGUAGCAGCUCUUUCUGAUGAGAUAAGUGCAGUAUUGUGAAGAUGGAGAUGACAUCUCGACCACUCCUGACUGACGUUUCUAAAACUUCACUCCUGUCCCUGAGGGAGGGCUGCUGGCUUCUGUGUAAUUCCAGAUGCUGCCAGACCACUGUGAAAUGAUUCUUACUCGGGAAACAAAGAUGAGUUGUCUUGAGGUGUCAAGUGCUGAAUGGAUGGAGCCUCGACAGUUCGAUCUGUUCUAGGAGGAUGUGCCCUUUCAAACACACUACAUUGGCUUUACAGUAACGUUAAGCAUUGGUCCUGGAUUCCUGCCCUGCUCUGGCUGCCUGCAGACUCCCUGAAUGCACUGCCAUCUGCCUCCCCCUUUGGACAGUCAGCAGCCCGAUUGGAGUCAGCUCUUCUCCAAAGGAAGGUUGCCCUUAGCUGUUAGAAGGCUGCAGCAGGGUGUUGCCAGGCAGAGCAUGGGCAGGGUGGCUUUCUGAUCCCGUACCUGAUCAUGCUGAUCGCCGAGGGGAUGCCGCUGCUGUACCUGGAGCUGGCCGUGGGGCAGCGCAUGCGGCAGGGCAGCAUCGGCGCCUGGAGGAUCAUAAGCCCCUACCUGUGUGGAGUUGGUGUUGCCAGUGUCACUGUCUCUUUCUUCCUCUCCAUGUACUACAACGUGAUAAACGCUUGGGCAUUCUGGUACCUCUUCCACUCCUUCCAGGACCCCCUGCCAUGGGCCACCUGCCCUCUGAACAGCAACCGCACCGGCUACGAGGAGGAAUGUGAGAAGACUUCCUCCACCCAGUACUUCUGGUACCGCCAGACCCUGAACAUCUCCGCGUCGCUGGAGGCCAGCGGCAGCCUGCAGUGGGAGCAGGCACUCUGCCUGACGCUGGCCUGGCUCGUGGUCUACCUCUGCAUCCUCCGGGGCACCGAGUCCACUGGCAAGGUUGUCUACAUCACAGCCUCUCUGCCCUACUGCGUUCUCAUCAUUUACCUCAUCAGGGGACUGACGCUUCAUGGAGCUGUGAAUGGCCUCAUCUACAUGUUCACCCCAAAGCUGGAGCAGCUGCUGAACCCCAAGGCAUGGAUCAGCGCCGCCACGCAGAUCUUCUUCUCGCUGGGGCUGGGCUUCGGCAGCCUGAUCGCCUACGCCAGCUACAACUCGCCCGGCACCAACUGCGAGCGGCACGCGGUCAUCGUCUCCCUCAUCAACUCCACCACCUCCAUCUUCGCCAGCAUCGUCACCUUCGCCAUCUACGGCUUCAAGGCCACCUUCAACUACGAGAGCUGCCUCAGCAAGGUGAUCGUGCUGCUGAUGAAUGCCUUCGACCUGGAAGAAGGCUCUGUAACAGCAGACAACCUCAGCCAGAUGAAAGCCUACCUCAUGGCCACCCACCCGCAGCAGUAUGCCCAGCUGGCACCGCAGCUCAAAAACUGCAGCCUGGAAGCUGAGCUGGAUACUGCUGUCCAGGGCACAGGCCUGGCAUUCAUAGUCUAUUCUGAAGCCAUCAAAAACAUGGAGGUGCCCCAGCUCUACUCUGUACUCUACUUCUUCAUGCUGCUGAUGUUGGGCAUUGGCAGCAUGCUGGGGAGCACUGCAGCCAUCCUGACGCCGCUGACUGACAGCAAGACCAUCGCCAGCCGCUUCCCCAAGGAGAUCAUCUCGGGGGCUGUGUGUCUCAUUAACUGUGUGAUUGGGCUCAUCUUCACCAUGGAGGCUGGGAACUACUGGUUUGACAUCUUCAACGACUAUGCAGCCACCCUCUCGCUGCUGCUCAUCGUGCUGGUGGAAACCAUUGCCGUGUGUUACAUCUACGGGAUACGAAGGUUUGAGAAAGAUCUUCACACUAUGACUGGGCGCAAGCCACACUGCUACUGGAAAAUCAUGUGGGCCUUUGCUAGUCCCCUGCUGAUCAUCAGCCUCUUCAUCUUCUACAUCACCGACUACAUCCUCACAGGAACGCUGCAGUACCAAGCAUGGGAUGCAACACAGGGGCAGCUGGUGACCAAGGACUACCCUGCUUAUGCCCUGGCAGUGAUCGGGCUGCUGGUGGCAGCAUCUACUAUGUGCAUACCCCUAGGGGCACUAGGAACUUUGAUAAGGAAGAGACUGAAGAGGGAAAGAGUUUCUACCCUUGCUUGAAUGCCAACAGCUGGAUCUGGGGAGAGCUCACCCACCUCGUCAGUAACUGGGCACUUCUGGAA